UUGCAAUCUGCUAAAUUCCAAAGAAUUGAAACUGAGUUGAUCCACCGUGAAGCUUUUGUUCUGAUGUGACAACCACUUUUGUUUAGUUGUUUUCUUAUUAAUUGUCUAGCCAAACCAAAUUUACUUUCUUCGGUGAUGUUGAUCCAUUCUCCCUAUCAGAGUUUUGUUAAUAUAAGAAUGCUAGUUGAAGAUGCACUCUUUGGAGUUCUAAUAAUUAACAGGGGAGGAUUAAACUUCUUAGUCUAAUGGUCUGAUCAUAUAGCCAGCCUUGGAUCCUUUUAAACAUUGUUUUUGAAAUAAUGACGUCUAUUUAAGAGUUUUUAUACAUUAGUAUAUUUGUUAGCAUUUUGUUUCUGAUAAUGUAUGUGUUUUCAUAUUCUUAUGUAUCUACUUAUCAAUUACCAUUUGUUUAUUUGUGAUUGUAAAUUUAUUUGGAUUGAUUAAUCCUCGUACAUAAUUGUAAAAGUUUGCUACAUAUAUCAUAGCCAUUACCAUCAGAAUGCACGAUGAAUUCAUUACAUCAAAAUGGAUUUUAGUUUAAUAGAGUUGUUGAUAUAUAUGUAUGAUACACCUGCCGGUUUAGUUGCAUUUUAGCUCCUGCAGUUCUUUGAACUGUAGUGUAUCCUUUGGGUUGGGGUGCUUUCACGUAAGCUAUUUAAAUAUCAAAAAUCUAAUUUGCUAUUUUUAAUAAAUUAAAAUUUAAUAAUUAAAUUUUAUAUAAAUUAAACAAAGUCGACUUAUUGCUGUUUAUUUUUUAAAAAAAAAAUUUAAUAUUAAAUAAAACUAAAAAUAGUUUUUCCAAACUACUGAAAAGUAAAAAGCAGUGAAUUUUUUCAGUAAAUAUUCCGUUCAUUUUACAACCCUAAUUGAGAGUAGUGUGGUGGUUCGGCGUGCGUUUGUAGCGAUACAUUUACUCGUCGCGGUGACAGGAGACGUUUCUUAUUCCUAUGGUGACGAAUCUUGUGCCGCUCCAGCGACGCAUCGGUCGAUUUCCAUCUUAGAGAUCGGGCAGACAGACGACGAUUGCUCUGAUUUCGUUGCGGCUGUUUCUUUUCUCCCUGUUUUGUGAAGGGAUGGCAGGCCUCAGCAAUGGCGGGCUUCUCUACCAUGAGAUCCAGGAGUCGAAGCUUUGCGCCGUCCACUGCGUUAACACCGUUCUCCAAGGGCCCUUCUUCUCAGAGCUCGAUCUCGCCGCCCUCGCGUCCGACCUCGACCAAAGGGAGCGCCAGAUGAUGCUCGAAGGAGCGAGCCUCGGCGGCGCUUCGUCUGGCGAUUUCUACUCUGAUGUCUCCCACAAUGUAUCGAUGGGUGGGGAUUUCAGCAUCCAGGUUUUGCAGAAGGCUCUUGAGAUUUGGGAUCUUGAAGUUAUCCCUCUUAACUCCCCUGUAGCAGAGCAAUCUCAGUUUGUGCCGGAGCUUGAGAAUGCUUUUAUAUGUCACUUGCAUGACCAUUGGUUUUGUAUUCGAAAAGUCAAUGGGGAAUGGUACAACUUCAAUAGUCUUCUCCCAGCACCUGAGCAUCUUUCUCAGUUCUACUUAUCAGCUUACAUAGAUUCCCUGAAGGAUUCCGGUUGGAGUAUAUUUUUGGUUAAGGGUAACUUCCCAAAGGAAUGUCCAAUCCUACCGGACAGCUCAACUGUCUUUGGCCAAUGGCUCACUCCGGAAGAUGCACACAUUAUAGCAAAGACAUUCAAUCAAAAGAAAAUUUCCACUGGAGGAUCAACAUCUCUCGAAUUGGGUAGUAUAGCUGACGAUGAAGAGGAAGAUCUCAAAGCUGCGAUUCAAGCUAGCCUUGUCGAUUCUACUGGUUUGCAAACAAUAUCAGACACAGUUGAAGAUGGCCGUACAACUCCACAAUCUUCUAGUAUUAGCUCUAAACCUGAUGCGCCAAACCUCGUUGCCAAUUUGACAGAUGUUCACCCGCGAGAUACUGAGACUGGUGAACCAAACAAAGAUGUUCACAAUGUAACUAAAGCUCCAGAAACUGAAUGAUGAGAUGAUGGAAACGGAGGUUGAAAAUGUUUUCUACAUCGUGGAAGUUUAUUCCCAUCCCACAUGUUUGACACCUUAACAUAGUUAUCCUUGUGGCUUCCAAAUACAUUCCACCAUAAACUAUUCUUUGUUUUGAGGAGGUUUGUUUGACAUAUUUUAUGUUCCUUA